UAGAACCACAAAAGGAAACAGCACGUUUAGUUUGUGUAACCACGCAUAGUUUAAUGAGUCUAAGUUAAAUAAGCUGAGAAAAUCACGUACAUAAUUCUAGAUAGACGUAUUUUUAGGAUAAUAUACCACGUCGCGAAGAGCUUACGUUUCAUUACAUCACGACUUUUGUAAGUAUUUAGUUGAUGUUCUUAUGCUUUUAACUAUUUUUUUAUAGUGCUCUAAUAUAUGUUUCGGUGUUCGUUAGUAAGAAAAUAGUCGGUCAUUCUAUGAAUAUGUAAAUGUGAACACUUUCAUUUAUAUGCUUGCUCUAUACUAUUAACAUUGCACUUUGUAUGUAGUUGUUUUACGUGCAAAUUAAGGGUAUAGUAACGAGCGUCUUGUAAAGCCUCGUGUAAAGAUCGUGAUUAAGAUUGUAUAAGUUCUAUAGCCCAUUAUUACCUCACUUAAGUUUCAUUAUCAUUUCAUUUCUCUACUACGAAAUGAAACGACCGUAGCUUAGAUUAAUUAGUGUAGCUUUUAUCUCAAGGGCUAUUCGUAUAUAUAUAUAUCGAUAUAGAUCAUGGACAUUUAAUUAAGGUGGACCCAGAACCGAGAAUCAGCGUUGAUGAAGGGCGUGUUACUUAAGUAUUAACAUAUGUACUUCUCGACAUAGUUGAUGCAUUUGAUGUAACUUAAUAACAUGAUUCUUUUUAACCAUAAGAUAAUGUAUGACAAUAGUUGAUUAAAUAUUGUUAUCUUUAUGAAGACGAGCUUAUAUUUCGUUGCAUUGUGUGAUUACUGCCGCCUCAUCAACCAUCUAAAAGCACCAACUAAGAGUGUAUUUUGUUUUCUUAUGAUAGUUGCAGUUAGUUGAUUGGAGUGCUUUUAGUUCGUGCCAUUUUUCUCCGUGCUAUCGUCCAUAUUCUCAUAUUACAGCGCGCGAAUCGCAGCCGAUACGACUACAAUUGGCUACAUGGUAUACGACCAAUCAGCCAUUGAGUAAGCAAUGCCGUGUUACUGUAGAUUAGAGCCCCGUCCCAUGGCGCAGCGAGAUACAGCCAAAUGGGCCUAGCUAGAAAAGUAGGAACGGACAGAGAGACAUCUAUUAUGGCGCCGCUCAGAUACGUCGGCAGACGAACUAAACAGCUCAAGAUCGACAGCGAAAUGUACGUCGGCGUUGUCGCUUACGAGCGACUUGGACGACAGCGUCGGCAACUAUUGGGGGCUCAAUAUGAACAGGAAGAUGAUGAAAGCCAACGGAACCGAUAGACACCGGACGGACAAACAGCGAUCUUUCAUCUUGACAACAAAGUCCUCACUCGACCACUACAAUACGGGCUCGUUUUCGCUUAGAUGCUACUGUUGUCUUGAAGCAGCAGCGGCAAGAGUACUGUUUACGGGUGGUCUAUCGCAUCGUUACCAAUCACUGGUAACAGCCAGCACGGUGAUGCUGUUACAUACGGCAAUGCUCUAUAGCAACCAUAACCCGUUCAAUGGAUAAACGAUGGCAAACGAGCUGCGAAGAUUUCGCUCAAAAUUUUCCUUUACGUAAACGAUAUUCUUUGAAAGUGCCAGUAAUCUCUCACCGAUUACUGCGUUAAGCAAGGUGCUCGAACAUGCUCGGUUGAAGAGGUCGCUACGGAAGGGCUAGUUAGUUCACACGGCACUAGCGAGCAUCUCCACUGGUGGGGACUAGUGAGGAAGAAGCUAAAUCGUAAAACCGUCGGUGAAAUAUCAGUAGUGUCUCGUCGAGGUUCUUUCUCCGUGGGCGCUGGUCCCUGCAGUUGCCCACUGUCGCCGCAAGCUGAACCUGUCAAGUGGUGGUAGAGCUUCAUGAACGAAUCUUUCAGGCCGUGGUGUGUUAGCGGCAGGUAGUGUGACCUGUAUAAAGCGUCCUGGAAACAAUUAGUUCAACCCAACGUGUUCAGCUACAUCUCCACGUGCCGUCGCGAGCGUAUAAAUUUGUGUUUGUGUGUGUGUGUGUGUGUGUGUGUGUAUGUAUGUAUCUGUGCUUUCGUGAAUAUAUGUGUGAAAUUGUAAGGAUGGGUAAAAACUAAAUGACGACAGCUUAUUCACGAGUUUUCUGCUGGACUAUUGUGUUUUUUUUUUUUUUGCUCCUUGACUGGGCUGAUUGCAGCGCUUUCCUUUUAGUGUUUCUUUAUAUCUGAACAAAUCGUCUAAGCCACAAUCACAAACAAGGACCCGGGCCUAAUAUACUCUCCGCAUAGAUCAGAAAUAAGACGUCUGCUCGAGACCUCGCAGUAAACUUCACCAUCAUUUUCGAUUCGCAUAUAGUGAAUAAACGGCAAAUACCAGUUACUGCUAUGAUGACGGCAAAGCCAAGACGCGCUAGCGCGCUCGCAGUCGUUGUGCUAAUCUUCUUCCUAGCUCAGAUGUGCGCUUGUUACCUUUCGCAUUCAUUGACUCUAUUAAUGAACGCGUAUCAGACCCUGUUUAAUUGGAUGUCACUCGUUCUCGUCGUAAUUUCACAACGAAUUGCAUCUCGUGGAACAUCGUUGCGAAACACAUUCGGCUGGGCCAGAACGGAAGUCGUAGGAACUCUGGUUGCUGUUCUAUUCCUUUUCGCACUAUGUUUCGCCAUUACGACGACAGCCAUACAAACACUGGUACACGCCGGCCAUGAGGAAACGGCGCCCCACUAUCCUUUGUUGAUUAUGGUAUUUGGUCUCUUUGGACUCACACUUGAUGUAUUUUGCUACCUCGUCAUCUGGGAUCCUGAUAAUACCCGGCACCCUGGUACAUCUAUCACCGUUCGAGGAAAUAAAGUUCAGGUGAACUUCGUCGAGGCCGGUAGCACCCAAGGAGGCUUGGACAGACAAUGCGGUAGUCAUAGCCGGAGUGAAAGGCGCCGUCAGCUAAGUGAGGGCGACGAUAAUGAACAAAUUAGAAAAGAGCCCGAGCGAACACAGGGGUCAAUGUUUGCAGAAGGACUGCGUACUUCGGGAUCGUGCAUAACUGUGAUUAUAUGCGCCUGUGUACUACAUUUUGCUCAGGAACACUCUGUUGUUCACUAUAUCGACGCUAGUCUUGCUCUCGUGUCUGUUUCAAUCAUCCUGUUCACCUUCUAUCCGUAUGUAAGGGACUCUGGCCUAAUUCUACUACAAACUGUACCAGACAACGUCGACCUUGAAGGAUUACAGCGGCGGAUGCUCCGUAAAUUCCCACAACUAAUGAAUCUACACGAUCUGCACAUUUGGACAUUGAACAAUGACCAGCGUAUUGCAACAAUCCAUAUCUCUCUUCGGGCAUGCGAACAAUAUGAAUACGAAAGACUUGCAGCUGACAUCGAGGAGUUCUUCGUCAAAAACGGCAUUGACUCCGUCACAAUACAACCAGAGUUCUACGAAGAAGACGAAGAACCUACUAAGGCCCUCCGAUGUGCAUUUAAAUGCAAUGCAUGCACACUAGCCACGUGCUGUAUUGGAGGGGCGCUCGAUAAAAAUGCCGAGGUCUUCGCGACGCGACAGAUGAUCGGGUCGCGCGAAACCCUCAUUAUGUGUCCAAGCCUUAGCGGGCUUAACAACGCUCGUGAGACCGAUCUCUGAACAUUAUGCUCACCUCAUUACCGUAAACUCACCUAUCAAUAUCAAAGAGAUGCCACAACUACCAGACCAAGCUCUAAUAAAUCCAUUCUCCCCCGCUUGGGGGUUUAAUGGGCAAUAAAGCCCAUUAAACAAUGCCUAACCAAGGCCGUGGUUAAUGGUAGAACUCGCUCAUAUCGCUAGCCAAAACUCGCUGAAUAUCAAGCGUUUAUAAUAACUGUAAAAUGCGUCAACAAACACAGUUGUAGAUAAAAGGUCACCGAUGUUAGCAUAAUAGGCCACCAACAACCGGUUGCAUGACUAAUUGUAAGUGACGCAAAAGAAUUAGAACGGAGAUUAAGGAGGCGUAGAACAACAAGCACAUACAAAACGCAUUUAUAUAUAUAUAUAUAUAUAUAUAUAUACGUUGUUUCUUGUUAGAGCUUUGUAUGCUAUUGUAUAUAUGACUAAAAAGUAUAUUCAAAGUAUAUACCACUGUUGAAAGUAAGCAACGAUGUAGCCUGGCUUAUUUCACGUUCAAGUCCAAAGAUAUGAUACGAUAAUAUUUUUGUUAUUGCGGUGAGACAUGACGAAAUUUCUUUGUUUUAUAUUUCUGCAUAGAUUUUAUUCGAAUUUCUAAUUGGAUAUUUUCAUUUUUGAGCUCAUUGUAUAUUGGCGAUGCAUGAGUCACGAUGGCUUAAUGGAAUGCACAUGCUGUUAUUGCUGUUGCUAAACUCACAUCAUGCACAGAUAUAACCUAAAUGCGCUUUGAAGUAUGCUUAUGAGAAGAUAUGGAAAACAGGAGUGACAGUAAAAUAGUUUGCAUAAAAUUAUUUGCAUACACUAUACAGAGAAAGUACUCUUAAUAUAUAAAUAAAAUGCUAAUGAACAAUAACAAGUAUAUAUGUACCUCUGUCGUAUGACAAGAGAAACUUCAGAAGCUGUACUUCUGGACCUGACCUGAACUGAAAACCCUAUAUACAAAUAUACACAAUUUGUAUGAAUAAAUAUUGACAACCGGUUUUUGUUUAUUCAUUAUAGGUAAUAGGGCAAUCCUUACGUAAGUAU